AUGGGUCUUCUCUUCGCAAGGAUUUUUGUGUUUGCUUUGGCGAUUUCUUUCUCAUAUGCCGACAAAUCCACUCUAAAGAUACAUUCCACCAAUGAAAAACACGAAGAAGGCAAACUGUCUCUCCAGAAAAGGAGUGUUUAUAUAAACCCCUUGUUGGUCUACCGCUGUUCUCUUCCUCUUGGCUUGGAAAACGGUCAUGUACCAGACGCUGCAUUUUCUGCUUCUUCAAGCGCACACAAAAAACGUGGUCCAGCACGUUCCAGAUUGAACAUACAGUCAAACAGCAAAGGAUACGGAUCUUGGUCGGCUGGUGCUAAUGAUGGCAAACAGUGGCUUCAGAUAGACUUUGGGGAACUGGUACGAGUGACAAAAGUGGCAUCACAGGGGCGACAAGACUCUAAUCAAUGGGUAACGAAGUACACUCUGUCUUAUAGUGUAGAUGGGAUGCACUGGGCCGAGUACAAAGAAAACAGUGUCACAUGGGUAUUCCCAGGUAACAAGGAUAGAAACACAGUCGUGGAGCACCUUCUUCUGUCACCAUUCAAUGCUCGCCUCAUUCGAUUUCACCCAAGGACUUACCAUGGGUAUACAUCUAUGCGGGCAGAGGUUUAUGGCUGUAGGAAAGUUCACAGCUGCUCAGUGCCACUGGGUGUGGAAGAUAAACGAAUUCCUGACAGUGCGUUUACUGCGUCCAACAGCGUUGACAAUAGACACCGGCCUUCGCUUGCUAGACUAAACCUUUUGUCGGAUGGCAAGCACAUAGGGGCCUGGUGCCCGAAAAAGGGGAGUAAAAACCAAUGGCUUCAGAUAGAUCUGGGGGAAGUCACCGCAUUAACCAAAGUAGCAACUCAAGGCCGAUAUAGUAGUGAAGACAGACUUACAACAUACACUCUUUCAUACAGUGUGGACGGACUACAUUGGACUAGUUACAAACAACGUGCUGUGGAAAAAGUGUUUGCUGGGAAUACAGAUAGAAAUACUGCCAUCGUACACCCCUUGAAGCCUCACAUCGAGGCUCGCUCCAUCCGGUUUCAUCCAAGGACACACAAUCACAAUGGACCUUGCUUCAGGGUUGAGUUGUAUGGAUGUCGUAAAGUCAAGAACUGUUUGAUGCCUGUGGGAGUGGAAGACGGUAGAAUUCCUGAUGAAGCGUUUUCUGCCUCAUCUUCAGCCAGCAGUAGCUACCUCCCAAAUAGAGGCAGACUAAACUUAGCACCAAGUGGCGGGAAACAUUGUUGGGCAGCCGGUCAGAAUAAUGCUAAUCAGUGGCUACAGGUAAAUCUUGGACGUCUGUUUAAUUUACGUGGCGUGGCCACUCAGGGUCGACACGAUCAUAAUCAGUGGGUUACAAGCUUUUCAUUGUCUUACACUGCAGACGACUUUAUCUGGGUUUUUAUCAAGGAAAACAGCCAAGUGAAGACAUUUCUUGCAAAUAGCGACAGGAAAACAGUUGUCAAACAUAUCUUCAGUCCAGAUAUCAGGGUGUUUGCCAGAAGCGUUCGUUUCCAUCCGAAAGGCUGGAAAAACCACAUCAGUAUGCGAGUGGAGAUUUAUGGCUGCUAAGAAGAUCGAAGUUGCUUUCUACCUCUUGGUAUGGAGAGUGGCCAUCUUCCCGACAGUGCAAUAUCAGCAUCGACGUAUUAUGACGCUAGGC